AUGCGCAAUGGGACGUUUGUCAUCCCUGCUACCGGCCAGCGGUCCCGGCGCCAGGUCACACUCCGCACUCCCAGGAAUCGGUCACAUUGUGAUGGAUCCAGGCGACGCUCGUCUAUGCUCUCUGCCGGUACGGCUGGCCAGCAUAUCCAGGCUGUGUCGCAAGCUGCUUGGACAAAGAGCCUGGCUGCUUGGAGAUGGCUCCAGACUGACCAAGGCCACCAGGUGCUCAAGUGUACGUUGGCAUAUCUCCUGGGCACCACGGCGACGUUCUGGCCACCAUUGUCGAAUUUCAUGGGUCGCAGAGAUGGCAAGCAUAUUGCCGCCACCUUGACGGUGUACUUCCACCCAGCGCGUACGGCUGGGUCCAUGCUGGAGGCUGUUAUGAUUGCGAUUGUGGCCGUGGUAUACGCUGAGCUAGUCUGUCUCUUGUCGAUGGGGAUAGCGAUUGCCUCUCGCGAUGUAUGGGGGUCUACCGCCCCUGCCCAUGUCAUUGUCCUGGUGAUAUGUAUAGGAGGCGGUCUUGGCCUGGUCGGUUGGACCAAGCAGCGAUUAAACCAGCCUCUUGUGAAUACUGCGUCCACCCUGGCAUCGAUGGCAAUCAUUUCUAUCAUUACCAAAGAAGAAUCCGUGCAAAAUGGCUACUUCUCUGCGGACAAGAUUGUACAGAUGCUCAAGUUACUCUCGCUUGGCAUCUUCUUCACCGUGGCCGUUAAUCUCCUGGCAUGGCGCGUAUCAGCAAGGAAAGUGUUGCGCAAGUCAAUCCUCACAGCAGCUGUAGCGCUGGGCGAUCGUCUGUCCUUCAUCACCAGCGGGUUUUUGAAUUGUUCAGAGGACGAGGUCAGCUCUCCUGAAUAUACCGAGGCUUCUGCGCAGUAUAAUUCUUCUUAUGCUCAGAUAAUGACUACUCUUCGUGAGGCCAAAAUCGAGCAUUAUCUCCUUGGGCAAGAGAAAACAUAUGCGUUAGAUAAACGCCUCAUUAAAUCACUAGAAACGCUCUCACAGGCUAUUGGAGGUUUGCGUAGUGCGCUUCAGACCCAGCUUACGCUUUUGAAAGAGGGUCCAAAUUCUGGUUUACCACCGCCAUCCGGCUUAUUCUCCCCCGAGCCAGCCUCAGGAAUGUCCCGGAGUGUGUCGUACUUCUCCGAUGAGGCUAGGGACCGAUUAUCGGUUAUUGAAGAGGAUGAACUCGAAAGGCGUUCGAUUCCCUUCAGCCAAUCGGAUCCUACGCUAGAUCAAUCGCCCAUUUUUCGCGUACCUUCGGAUAUAUUUGCUCUUUUCUUGGCGUUAUUGGGCCCCUCUAUGAAGUCCUUGGCAUUUACGCUAUUAGAAACGCUGAGGCAGAAUCCAUUUAGCCAAGACCCGGAAUGCCAAGCGACUACGAUUGAGCAGCUGCGUGCAAGCCUUCAAGAUGCACUAGAUCUGUACAAUAAUGCUAGAGGCAAAGCUCUUCGUGAGUUAUAUCGGAGCAUACAGCUCGGAAGAACACGGUCUGAAGAGAUUCAGGCCGAUAUUGAGGAAGUUGCUGCCGCUUGCGGCCACUUCUCAGUAUGUUUGCAAGCUGUUGCUGUGGAGAUGGAUGCUUAUCUUGACGUUCUUGGAUCCGAGUCGACACAACGCCAAGCUCGCAGCUGGGAAUGGAUUAAGUUUUGGAGACACUGGAAGAUGUUCCAACGCCGAAGAGAUUCAGAUGCCGAGAACGAACCGCUUUUGCCAAGGACGCCUAAACCGAUUAGCAAAAAGUCGCCCACGCCAAAAGGCAUACCUCAGGCAAUGCUGAAGAGAAGAGACUCCCUCCAUUGGGACGCUUCGCCGCCAGAGAACACAAGUGCCUUUGUCCGUAAUUGCUCUCAAGCUUUGCUGAAAUUUCUACGAUUUCUAACGCGCGACGAUGUCUUGUUUGGUAUCAAAGUGGGCAUUGGCGCUAUUCUGUGGGCCAUGUUUGCCUUCAUCCCGAUUACAAGACCAGUAUAUCAACACUGGAGAGGUGAAUGGGGCUUGCUGUCUUACAUGAUUGUUGUCGGUAUGACCACUGGUGCUUCUAAUACGACGGGCAGUUCUCGAUUCAUUGGCACUUUGAUUGGAGGAGCGUGUGCCUGCGUUGCGUGGUCGUUGAGUAUGACCAACCCUUGGCUUCUUGAGCUCUAUACCGCCAUUGUGGCAUUGGGAAACUUCUAUGUCAUUUUAGUCAUGAAGAAAGCUCCUUUGGGGAGAAUUUCACUUUUGGCGUAUAAUGUUAUUGUACUUUAUGCGUACAGCCUUUCACAGGAUGUCGAUGACGAUGACGAUGACGAGGGUGGCAUAGAUCCUCUAAUUUUCGAAAUUACCUACCAUCGAGUGGUGGCUGUCACAUUAGGAAUCCUAUGGGGCAUCCUCGUUUGCCGGCUGCUGUGGCCAAUCUCUGGGAGAAGAAAAUUCCGAGAAGGGCUUUCGGUGCUAUAUCUGCAGCUUGGGCUCAUAUGGAAGCGCGGCCCCCUGGCUGGUUUUUCGAAAAACAAAAAUGUCUCAGACUUUAUGCAGGACGGGGAGCAAAUUGCCCUCCGACGAUAUGUUUUCAAGUUGGAGUCGUUGCGAGACUCUGCCAAGUCCGAGUUUGAACUUCGAGGACCCUUCCCAAAUGCCGCCUAUGGGCGAAUUAUGCACUCUACCAAACAUAUUCUGGAUGGCCUCUAUGCUAUGCGUCUCAUCACACAGCGCCGGCAUACUCUUUCGGAGGGUGAGAGUUCUCUGCUGGAAGUCACGUCGGCCGAAAGAAUGCAAUUGUGCCAACGGCUAUGCCACGUUUUUCAAGUACUCGCAUCAAGCGUUAUGCUGGAGUAUCCUCUUACGGAUGCCAUUCCUACCAUCGAUCGUACCAGAGAUCGCCUAUUGAACAAAAUUUACGAGUACCGGAAGAAGCACAUGGAGAUGAAUUUGAGAAAUAAUGAUGAAGAUGCUACUCAGGCGAUGACGGAAGAGAGAGAUUUUGCUUUGCUUUACGCUUAUACCCUUGUUACGGCGCAAGUGGCUGCUGAAUUGAAGAAGAUAAAAAUGGAGAUUGAAGCUUUGUUUGGAGUUUUGCAUCAGGAUGAACUGCUCUUGGAGUAA